GCCGUUUUUGCUUUUCCUGCCAAAAUAUGGAAAAAUGGAAAUAAAAAAAAAUGAACUUAUUCUUUUUUUUCCAUUCUUUGUAUUAUAUUUUGUAUUUCAUGCUUGUAUUUUUACUAUAACCCAAAACGACUGAUAAAUAUGCCAAAUAAACUUCAUGGUAGUAAUGAACAACAACAAGAAGCAGGACCUUCCUGGUCCAAUGAGAACCAAGACAGCUUCUUCAACACAUCUCGGUCAUCUGCUUUUUUUGACCAAAAUUAUGCGUCAAGUAGUAAUGCAGCUUUUGAUCCUUUCCAAGAGGAAGAGGAUGUAUUCCACGGAAACAGUGAUAAAGCACCUGUAAAUAAUUUCAACCGAAACAACUAUAAGUACCAUGAUUAUGAUAACUCGGCUACCAUAGCAUCUGCAUUUGCUACAUCUGAGACAGAACAAGAGGAAGAUGGGGAAGAAGCACAACAGCAGCGAAUAACAUCAUUAACGAAAAAAAAAAUGCCCAAAGCUGAGCCCAUGACUAUAAGGAUUGAUGAUCCUGUUAAAAGCUCAGAUGGUUCUUACAUAAUUUAUCAAGUAUUCACAAUGACAGCUUUGGAGAUGUACUCAACGGAUAAGAGACCUGUACGACGACGUUUCCGGGACUUUGUAUGGUUACAUAACGCCUUGACAAAUGCAUUUCCUGCUUGUGUUAUACCACCCUUGCCUGAAAAGCAUCGCUUUAAGUAUAUGAAAGGAGAUCGAUUCGAUCCAGGGUUUAUAGAGCAAAGAAGAUUAGGAUUACAAUGGUUUGUAGAUAGAAUUGCAAGACACCCGCUGUUACAAAGAGCAGAAUAUACACGAAUAUUCUUAGAAUCCACGGAUUUCAAUACAGAUAAACAUAUCAAGUUAAAAAACAUGACUCACAAUGCAUCAACAUCAUCUAUUUUCGGAUCUUUAUUUAAAUCGUUCGUCAAAGUAAAAAAACCAGACGAGAAGUUUGAAGAAAUGAAGGACACAAUUGAUAAAUUUGAAGACAACUUAAAUAUAGUAGAGAAAAUAUACUCAAGAAUCGGCAAACGACAGCAAGAACUAGAGAAUAACUACAAUCAUUUUGCUACUAGCAUACGUGGAUUAUCAGCUUUGGAGACUAUUGUAGAUCAACCGUUAAGACAGUUUGCAGAAGCCACAGAAAUGUAUGCUGAAGCUCUCAAAGAAAUGAGGAAGCAAGAAAAUCUAUCAUUUUUAAAUGAUGUACAUGAGUUAUUGAACUAUUGCCACGCGGCAAAGGAUCAACUUGUCGAAAGAGACAGGAAACAAGUUCAAUUUGAGGAUUUAUCAAACGCUUUACAGUCCAUAACAUUCGAAAGAGAUCGCAUUUUACACCCGGGUAAGAACCUGGGCCAGAUCACAAGUACAGCAAAUUCAGCAACUGCAGCAGCAGCUAUUACCUCGACGAGCACGAGUAUGAACAUAACAGAACUGAUGGCAGAUAAAUUCACUAAUAAUAAAAGCGAUCGUUUGAUGCGCUUGGAAAAAAAGAUCAAGGAACUACAAGAGAAUGUCUCGAAAGCCAAUGAUGAGAACAACAAUUUUUCAGAUCAAAUGCUGAAUGAGUAUGAUGUAUUCCAAAAAGCUAAAGAUUCUGAACUGAGGCAAGGGUUAGCAGCCUAUGCUGACUGUCAUAUCGAUUUUUAUUUGAAGAGCAUCUCAAUAUGGGAGAAUAUAUUACCGGUGUUAGAGCAAAUACAACCACAACAGCAAGUUGAUGAGCAAUAAUAAUAAACUUGAUUUGUUUACAAAGAAUGAUCUGUCUCCUUUUUUU